CGUGGCGCCUGCGCGCUUGCUUGAAGGUUCGGUUGGCCAAGGGGGGUGCUUCCUAACCGCUUUGGAUGGGCUGCUGGGAGUGGUACGGAGAUGGCGCCACGAACAGAAGGGUGGAAAUGAAGCACUCGUCUGGCCUGCCUACCGAUGGGGGGAGCUGAUGGGUCUCUGCUCGGCAAACGUUUGUCUUCCUUGAAGAGCCCUUCCUCAGGGUCGUCGCCGGCAGCAAGCCGGCCGGUUAACAAGCAUGGCGUUGCUUGGAAGCCCGAUCUGCUUGUUGAUCUUGGACAUGUCGUGGGGAAAAGGGGCUCCCACAUGGAGAAUUUCCAGAGCCAAAUGCAGCAAUGACACCCCUGAACACCGGGGAUCGGGCAGGGGGUGGGGCUUGGUGUCCAGUGGAAAAGGUCGCCAACGUUCCACCCACCCAUCAGCCAUCUCCAACUCGACAAAUGGCGAUACGACAACGGGUGAACUCGAGCCGAUGUAUGGAGUAAGGGAAAUCGACAGGACGAUUGGACAUCGAAAAUGGCGAGAGAAAAGGGGACUCACCGCGACCGAGAUUUCCUAUUUUCCUGAGGGCCAUCCGAAGAACCCGCGACAGCAGGAGCAACGGCAGCGACCUUCUUCUCGUCAACCUUCUUCUUGGCUUCUGGAGGAGCGGCUGGGCGUGCUUUGGCGACCGAGGGCUCCGGUGCCUUCUUCCGAAGAAGGUUGACUUGCGUCACAUCGGUUGCCGAAAGCGAGUUCCUCCUCCCGGUCACGAACUCUCGUAACGACGAGAGUGAGCUCUCACU